AAAUCCAUGCGUUCUUGGCAAAUAGCCCCAUCGCCCACACUAACCAAUAACCGGUUACUUGAAUUCCCAGCGCGGCUAUUAUUGCCUCAAAUAGGCUUGGCGCAUCGGAAUGGACAGCCCUACUGAUAAAGCCAGGAAUCUCCAAACAACGGGUUUCAGUCGGAGAAAUGAGAAUGCCGAUCGUCGGAUGCUACAAAUAAGACACGCCGCUUCCCAGAUCCCAAGGUAGAGCGAUACUUCCUGCAACACCUCACAAAGCUCCCACCAGCCCUCGCACACCACCACCAUGAUCGAAAAUAUCGACGAAAAAGAGAAUCUCGCUCGGAUGGAGCGUGGCUCACUCUACUACGCCUUUACCCCAUCGGUAAUCGCUGCGCGCAAACGUUGCGGGCGUCUUGUCGGCCAGCUCAACCGCGCAGGAGAGCUGUCCCGGCGCGAGCUGGCAGAAUACUGGAAAAACAUCACAAACGACCCCCUACCACUCCCAGAUACAUGUGCGACCGAUGAAGAAGAAGACGCAGCACUUCACGCGUAUCCGUGGAUCGAACGUCCCAUUAACAUCGAUUACGGAACGAACAUCAAAGUCGGGAGCAACGUCUUUAUCAAUUUCAACUGUACAUUUGUGGACACCUGCACUGUAUCAAUUGGCGCACGCACUCUAGUCGGACCCAAUGUAUCCUUCUUCAGUGGAACUCAUCCGGUCGACCCGGAUCUACGCAACGGGACCUGCGGGCCAGAGUUCGGCCGUCCUAUCACCGUGGGUGAAGACUGUUGGAUUGCGGGAAAUGCCAUCAUUCUGCCCGGUGAUGUCCCAGCCUAUCAUGUCGUGGCAGGAAACCCGGCCCGGAUCCUGCGCAAGAUUGAACGAAGUGGUACAUCGACAUCUGAAUGUCCGCAGAACAACAGUAUUCCGGAAGAAGCCAAGAACGAAAUCUUAGACUAA